GGCGCUGGUGCGGGGGGCCGCCGGUGCCGGGUGGCAGCUGCGGAGCUGGAGGCGGUGGCCGCUGUGCCCCGGAGCUAGCUGUGCUGCAGGAGCUGCAGCAACUGCUGGCACUGUGCAGAAGGAACCUCUUGGGCCAGCCCUUCCUCACUCUCUGGAGAUGGCUGGCGAGAUCACAGAGACCGGGGAGCUCUAUUCUCCUUAUGUCGGGCUGGUGUACAUGUUUAACCUCAUUGUGGGCACAGGUGCGCUCACCAUGCCCAAGGCCUUUGCCACUGCCGGGUGGCUUGUCAGCCUCAUCCUGCUGGUAUUCGUAGGCUUCAUGAGCUUUGUGACGACCACCUUUGCGAUGGAGGCUAUGGCCGCAGCCAACGCCCAGCUCCGCUGGAAGAGGAUGGAGAUCCACAAGGAAGAGGAUGACGAAGACUCCUCCACAGCCUCAGACAGUGACCUCCUCAGCCAAGACAACUACGAGAGAGAGAAACGCCCCAUCCUGUCUGUGCAGAGACGCUCAUCAGCCAGCCUGUUUGAAAUCACAGAGCGGGUGGAAAUGGGACAGAUGGCUUCCAUGUUCUUCAAUAAAGUGGGGGUCAACCUGUUCUAUUUCUGCAUCAUUACUUACCUGUACGGAGACCUCGCCAUCUACGCGGCAGCUGUGCCCGUGUCCCUCAUGCAGGUGACCUGCAGUGUCUCUGGAAACGACUCCUGCGGCGUGAAUACAGACGCCAAAUACAACGACACUGACCUGUGCUGGGGGCCCCUGCGCCGGGUGGAUGUCUACCGGAUCUAUCUGGCCAUCUUCACCGUCCUCCUUGGUCCGUUCACCUUCUUUGAUGUCCAGAAGACCAAGUACCUGCAGAUCCUGACCUCCCUGAUGAGAUGGAUCGCCUUCGCCAUCAUGAUCGUGCUGGCCCUCGUGCGCAUCGGGAAAGGACAAGGAGAGGGGCACCCGCCCCUCGCCAACUUCUUGGGCGUCCAGAACCUGUUCGGGGUGUGUGUCUACUCUUUCAUGUGCCAGCACUCCCUGCCAUCCCUCAUCACCCCCAUCUCCUCCAAGCGCCACAUCACGCGGCUGCUGUUCCUGGACUACGCAUUGAUCCUGGCCUUCUAUGGACUCCUCUCCUUCACAGCCAUCUUCUGCUUCCGUGGCGACAGCCUCAUGGACAUGUACACCCUCAACUUUGCCAGGUGUGACGUCGUGGGCCUUGCAGCUGUCCGGUUCUUUCUGGGCCUCUUCCCCGUGUUCACCAUCAGCACCAACUUCCCCAUCAUCGCGGUGACCCUGCGCAACAACUGGAAGACACUCUUCCACCGUGAAGGUGGCACCUACCCAUGGGUGGUAGACCGCGUGGUGUUCCCCACGAUCACCCUGGUGCCCCCCAUUCUGGUGGCCUUCUGCACGCAUGACCUGGAGUCUCUGGUGGCCAUUACAGGAGCCUACGCGGGCACUGGCAUCCAGUAUGUCAUCCCCGCCUUCCUGGUGUUCCUCUGCCGCAAGGACACCCAGCUGACUUUCGGCUCCGGAACCAUCAACAAGCAUAGGUCCCCGUUCCGCCACACCUUCUGGGUGGCCUUUGUGCUGCUAUGGGCUUUCUCCUGCUUCUUCUUUGUCACAGCCUACAUCGUCCUCAAGGAGACCCAGCUAUGACAGCAGAUGCGUCUGACAACAGGAGGCAGAGACAGCCCAGCUCCAGCCUCCCUGCAUCAAAGCAGGAUUUAGCCGCCACCCAGGUCUACGUGAGCGUGAGUGUGCUAGGCUGGGACUCUCAGAGGAGGCCGUCUGCAUCUCUAGCUGCUGUCCUCUCCCCACCCAGGACGCCACCCUGCAGGACAGCCCUCCUGCGUGGGAACAUGGUUGUUACACACAUUCCUCCACUCCCGCCACUGGAGGCCGGUUCCCUCCUCUGCAGUGGAGGAGGCAGUGCUGGCCCUGCUGCCGUGUAUACCAGACCCCGUCCCCCUCCAGCGUCCUCCACCGUCCACUAGCAGCUGCUGCCUCUUCAAAGGCAAAUCCCAGGCCCUGGCUCUCCUAACCUGGCCUGCUUCUGAAGGGCAGGGCCUCUUUCCUGCCAAUCCUGACAGUUGCUACGUUGUUUUUCCCCCCUAUGGGAGGCCUGGCCAGCUCUAGUGACAAGGACAGGAAGUGCUAAUUGGCACCGGGUCCCUAGGCAAGAGCUGUAAGAGCUUCUUCUGUGGGUGCCAGCUCUGGCACAGCAGACAGGUGAAGCAUCCUUCCACGGGCUUUAAAGCCCUCUACUUGGGGCCCUGAAAGGGGCCCUAUGUCCCCUGGCUUCUCCCUGGGAACCCAGGGGCCCCCUGAAAUACAGGGUACCACUUGAGAAGCUGCCCUCAUCGCCUCACCCACACCCACAGUGGUUGACCACCGCCCUGGACUUAGAACGGGGAGAGCACAGAGUGACCCUCUGCAAAAGGUCGGGCUGGUGUUAUGCGGCCCAGCUUGCUCCCAUGCUACAUUGCAACACUAAGGUGGUGACCCCUUAGGAGCCUGGUCACGGGUGCUCAGUGGCCACACCCUCCAGCUA